ACUUAGUCUAGUUGUACAUAAUAUCCGCAAUACAACACCUGCUACAUACAAGCCCUUACAUCAAUUCCUCCUACUUACACCUACUCACCACCAAACCCAACCUGUCCCCUCCACAUCUAUACCUCAAAUCACACAAAUCAAACACUCCCAGUUCAAUAGAACCACAAAGACAAACGAAAAUGGCCUCGACAACAAUCUCCUCCACAAAACCAAACCUAACAACCAACGACUCAGCCGUCCUACAAGCCCUCUUCGACGCUGAAUCCUCCCCCUCAAACGGCAUCACAAUCAAUCUAUCUCUACCCCCUUUCCCAACUCACCUAAACAUCGACUCCAAGCUCCAUGAAACCCUUAAAGCCCGCGAAGUAGCCAUCGUCCGCACCCUGGCAUCGCCCAACCCGACUCCCGAGACCAUCCAAUCCGCCAUAAACCAGCUUUCCACCCUGAUAACAGAACACCCAACCUACCCGCCCGCCUACGUGAACAGAGCCCAAGCCCUCCGCAUGCUCAUCUCCACCGACCAAGCGGAAGAAGCAGAAACAGAAUUGUUCACCCCACAAAACGCUGAGACCGUAUCCUCUCUCCUUUCUGAUUUGGGCGAGGCGAUUGGUCUAGCGACGCCGCGGUCACCGGCGGAUCCUGUUUCGGAGGUCCAGGCGCGUUUACUGGCUGAUGCGCAUACGCACCGCGGGUAUUUGUUGCUGAGGUUGGCGAAGGUGAGGAAGAGUGGUGAAGCGUUUGAGGGGCUGGGGAGAUGGAGCCAGCUGGAUGCGGACAGGCUGGAGGAGAUGGCGAGUCGGGACUUCUUCUUUGGGGGUCGAUUUGGGAAUAAAGUUGCCCAGCAGUUGGCUGUGCAGACGAACCCUUAUGCGAAGAUGUGUGGGGCUAUUGUAAAGGAAGCAUUGAGGAAGGAGGUUGAGGGGUGAUGUUUCUUUUUCUCUGUAUUGUGUAUGUGCAUAUGUGUAGUUUUAGCGUUGUGUGUUCAAUGUGGAUUGAUUUGUUGUAUGAUGGAAUAUAAACUAGAGUUAUUCCGGGUUCAGCUGGUAUAGAUGAAUUCUAGCGAUUAGGGUUUACCAAGGGCAUGUAGUUCAAUUGCUGGCGCAAAAGUCGUCCAUGCGCUAGUACUGCAACAUGCAACCAUGACACUACGGCGUCGGCCGAAUCGAGGAAGUAGAUUUAGCUAAGUCUGAGGGUUGGCUUUUAUGGUUUCUGGUUUCUGGUUAUGAGAUUCAUAUGACGGUUUGAACGUGAACAUAGUACGUGAAUAGA